CGGGCCGGUGAUCCAGGCGCGGCCGCGUGGGCGCGCGUGCGCCUGCGCGGCGGGCGCGGCUGGGCCAGGACCAGGCCUGUGCGGGUCGGGGCCCCGAAAGGCGGGCCGGCGGCUGCGCGCGUCGCGGCGUGCUCGGGUGCGCGCGCGCGCCGCUCCGUAGUCCCCGCGAGGGGGCGUGGCGAGCCGGGUACGCGUGCGCGCGCGGGGGCUGGGGGCGCGCCGGACGGAAGCGGAGCGGAGGCGCCGGGGAGGUGGAAGGAGAGCCCCCCUCAGGUCACCACCAAAGAACAUCAGUUUGCUCUCGGGGCUCCAGUUUCUGAAGCUGGAAAAAACCAGAUUACUCUCCAACUAGAACAAGAAGUGAGAACCCAAGACAGAUUCAUCUCUACACUGAAAUUACAGAUUGAAGAUCUCAAACAGACAAAUCAUGACUUGGAAGAAUAUGUUAGGAAACUCUUGGAUAGUAAGGAGGUGGUAAGCAGUCAAGUAAAUGAUUUAACCAACCACAAUGAGCAUCUUUGUAAAGAAUUGAUUAAAAUUGACCAACUAGCAGAGCUAUUAGAAACAGAGAAAAAUUUUGUGGUGGACACUGCCGACAAGGAACUUGAAGAAGCAAAGAUUGAACUCAUUUGCCAGCAAAAUAAUAUAACAGUAUUGGAAGAUACAAUUAAAAGGCUUAAAUCUAUAAUUUUAGAGGCUGAGAAAGCACAAAAUAAAUCUCCUUCUAGACUUGAUUCCUUUGUCAAGACUUUAGAAGCAGACAGAGAUUAUUAUAAGACUGAAGCUCAGAAUUUGAGGAAAAUGAUCAGGAAUAGAUCUAAAAGUCCAAGACGCCCAUCUCCAUCUUCCCGGGGUGCAAACUGUGAUGUAGAGCUUUUGAAGUCAACAACCAGAGACCGUGAAGAACUGAAAUGUAUGCUGGAAAAAUAUGAACGUCAUUUGGCAGAAAUCCAGGGCAACGUCAAGGUGCUUACAUCUGAGAGAGACAAGACCUUCAUUCUUUAUGAGCAGGCACAGGAAGAAAUUGCUCGACUUCGAAGAGAAAUGAUGAAAAGCUGUAAGUCUCCCAAAUCAACUACAGCACAUGCUAUUCUUCGUCGGGUAGAGACAGAAAGAGAUGUGGCCUUCACUGAUUUACGAAGAAUGACCACAGAGCGAGAUAGUCUGAGGGAAAGGCUAAAGAUUGCUCAAGAGACAGCGUUUAAUGAGAAGGCUCACUUGGAGCAAAGGAUAGAGGAGCUGGAGUGCACAGUUCAUAACCUUGAUGAUGAGCGUAUGGAACAAAUGUCAAAUAUGACUUUGAUGAAGGAAACCAUAACCACUGUGGAAAAAGAAAUGAAAUCAUUAGCAAGAAAGGCAAUGGAUACCGAGAGUGAACUUGGCAGACAGAAAGCUGAGAAUAAUUCUUUGAGACUUUUAUAUGAAAACACAGAAAAAGAUCUUUCUGAUACUCAGCGACAUCUUGCUAAGAAAAAAUAUGAGCUACAGCUUACUCAGGAGAAAAUUAUGUGCUUGGAUGAAAAAAUUGAUAAUUUUACAAGGCAAAGUAUUGCACAGCGAGAAGAGAUCAGCAUUCUUGGUGCAACCCUCAAUGAUCUGGCUAAAGAAAAGGAGUGCCUGCAAGCAUGCUUGGAUAAAAAGUCUGAGAACAUUGCAUCCCUUGGAGAGAGUUUGGCAAUGAAAGAAAAGACCAUUUCAGGCAUGAAGAAUAUCAUUGCUGAGAUGGAACAGGCAUCAAGACAGUCUACUGAAGCCCUAAUUAUGUGUGAACAAGAUAUUUCCAGAAUGCGCCGGCAGUUGGAUGAGACAAAUGACGAGCUGGCUCAGAUUGCCAGGGAAAGGGACAUCUUGGCUCAUGAAAACGACACCCUUCAAGAGCAGUUUAGCAAAGCCAAACAAGAGAACCAGGCACUGUCCAAAAAAUUGAAUGAUACUCAUAAUGAGCUCAAUGAUAUAAAACAGAAGGUCCAGGAUACGAAUUUGGAGGUUAACAAGCUGAAGAAUAUAUUAAAGUCAGAGGAAUCUGAGAACCGACAAAUAAUGGAACAACUCCGAAAAGCCAACGAAGAUGCUGAGAACUGGGAAAAUAAAGCCCGCCAAUCCGAGGCAGAUAACAAUACCCUCAAAUUGGAACUCAUCACCGCUGAAGCAGAGGGCAACAGAUUAAAAGAAAAAGUUGAUGCCCUUAACAGAGAGGUUGAGCAACACUUAAAUGCAGAGCGCUCCUACAAGUCCCAGAUCGCAACUUUGCACAAGUCUCUUGUGAAGAUGGAGGAAGAGCUUCAGAAGGUUCAGUUUGAAAAGGUGUCUGCACUUGCAGACCUAUCCUCCACGAGGGAGCUCUGCAUUAAACUGGACUCAAGCAAAGAACUUCUUAAUCGACAGCUGGUUGCCAAAGAUCAGGAAAUAGAAAUGAUGGAGAAUGAGUUGGAUUCUGCACGCUCUGAAAUAGAACUGCUCAGGAGCCAGAUGACAAAUGAGAGGAUCUCCAUGCAGAAUCUAGAGGCUUUGCUGGUGGCCAACCGGGACAAAGAGUACCAGUCCCAGAUAGCACUGCAAGAAAAGGAGUCCGAGAUCCAGCUUCUCAAGGAGCACCUUUGUCUGGCAGAGAACAAAAUGGCCAUCCAGAGUAGAGACGUGGCACAGUUCAGAAAUGUCGUAACACAGUUGGAAGCAGAUUUGGACAUUACUAAAAGACAGCUAGGGACAGAACGAUUUGAAAGGGAAAGGGCUGUCCAAGAACUUCGCCGCCAGAAUUACUCAAGUAAUGCUUAUCAUUUGAGUUCAGUGAAGCCAAAUACAAAAUGUCACUCACCAGAACGUGCUCACCAUCGAUCUCCUGACCGAGGCCUCGACCGAUCACUAGAAGAGAAUCUUUGCUAUAGAGAUUUCUGAAAUGUGAAAAGAUUCUCCACAACCUUGGAAAGGUCACAGAUACAAACGGAUUUUUUUUUUUGCUAUUUGAUUGCAUUUAUCUUUUGAAUGCUUGACAGUGUUAAAUGUAUUUAUUAACCUUGUGCCUCUGAGUCUGCUCUCGAGUGCCAUAUCACAGUGAUCUGGGAUGAUGUUUGCAAACAAAAAUGCAUAUGGCUCUUUCUAUCCAUACAGUAAUAGUGAGUGUAAAAUCUACUUACUUCACUAUUGAGCACUGUUUUGUUAACUACCCGGAGUAAAUAAAGAAGCUUGAAAAAGAGGGAAAAGUGGUUUUACAAAACUGAUUUCCUUUGUUGCUGUCUCAAAUGACUGCUUGGUUAAUUUUUUUUUUUUAUUUUUUGUUUGUGAUUUAUAUUCUCAUGGCUGGGAAAGCUGUGCCAAAAUGGGCACAGCUUAGCAGCACUGGUCUGGGACCCAGUAUUGCAUUUUGGAACCAACCUGACAUAACUUCCAUGCCACAAUCUACCUUCAGAGUAGCAGUGUGCCACGGCUUUCAGUCCAUACUGUUACAGCACACAGCCCACGGGCCAUGCAUUUUUACAAUUGUGUUUGCUCCUACUGUUGUUAGAAAGGUAGGUGACUAUCUAUCCAGAAUGUAAGAUUUUUUAAAAAAAAAUCUGUAUUUUUGAUAAGUUUUCUUCAAAACAUUAAAGUACUGCAAUCAACUUAAUUGCCAUUUUAUUAUUAUUAUUAUUAUUAUUUUUGCCUAUGGCAGCUGUCUGUAAUCUGGAAUGACAAGUUAUUUCCUUCCCCUCACGUGCAUCUCAAGUCUAUUUUCUGUCCAUAGUCUUUGAUUUGAUGUUGAUAUUAGAGCCUAAAUGCUACUGUAUUUUACUGAUAUAAGCUAUUUGUAUUCUUACGUUUUAAUAAAAAAGCAAGCCCUGUCAUUAAUAGUAUCCAUAUGA